AUGGAGAAAUUAUUGAUUAUUCUUCUUCUCCAUUUUAGCCUUUUGAUUUCUGCAAUUAAUGGACACAAUGUUCCAUCAAUUUACGUUUUUGGGGACUCGAUUUUUGAUGCUGGUAACAAUCACUACAACAAAAAUUGCACUGCUCAGGCUGAUUUUCCUCCUUAUGGAUCAUCCUUCUUUCACCACCCUACUGGAAGAUUCACCAAUGGCAGGACUGUGGCUGACUUCAUAUCUCAAUUUAUAGGCUUCCCUUUUCAAAAACCUUUUCUGGAGGUACAGGAUGAGAUUAAGAAUGGCAGUAUAAAAGGUUACCCAUCAAAUGGCCUCAACUUUGCGAGUGCUGGAAGCGGAGUUUUACGAGCGACAAAUCUAGAUUCGGGGGUCACACCAAUCCAGGUUCAGCUGGAACAAUUUCGAACACUUGCAGAGGAUAGGCAUAUAAGCAAGUUUGUGAUUCAACAAUCCCUUUUCUUGUUAGAAUCCGGUUCGAACGAUAUUUUCGCCUAUUUUGAUCCAUUUGGUACCUCAACUCUCACGCCAGAUGCCUAUGUCCGGUCCAUGUUGAUGGAAGUUGGAAAAUUUAUCGACCAAAUUUGCAAGCUAGGUGCCCGGCGGAUUGCCGUAUUUUCAUUAGGACCAGUCGGCUGCGUUCCAGCAAGGGUUCUUUUGCCUGGUACACCAGUCACUAAAUGCUAUGGGAAAAUGAAUAAAAUGGUCAAGAAUUACAAUAAGGGUUUGGAGGGACUGGUGAAUGGUAUAGCUAUCAAGUAUCCAGGUGCAUUUGGUGUUUUCGGAGAAGUCUACAAAACUGUCCAGGAUUUUCGAGCCAAUCCAAGACGCUAUGGUUUUGCAAAUGUAACUUAUGCAUGUUGUGGGGAUGGAACCCUCGGAGGAUUUUUGCAAUGUGGCAAAGAAGGUUACACAGUUUGUAAGAAUCCGAAUGAGUACUUAUUCUGGGAUUUCUUUCAUCCCUCAGAACAUACUUAUAAGCUCAUUGCAAAAGCUUUAUGGUCUGGAGGGCAUACUCGAAUUCGGCCACUGAAUUUGAAGACACUUGCCAAUAUGACCCUCCCUCAUUGA